AUGGGGACAACAGUCUUCGUUGCCUCAAGAGAGGCCACCAUUGACCAGAGAGGUGGCACCCGGGGGGCACGGGACGUCCCCUUUGGAGCUGGAGGUGGCCCCGUGGGGACAAGAGAGGUCUUCGUUGAAGAGAGAGGUGGCACCUGGGGCACAAGGAACGUCCCCUUUGGCAUUAGAGAUGGCCCCGUGGGGGCAACAGUCUUCGUUGACGCAAGAGAAGCCACCACUGACCAGACAGGUGGCACCCGGGGGGCACGGGACGUCCCCUUUGGAGCUGGAGGUGGCACCGUGGGGACAACGGUCUUCAUUGGCUCAAGAGAGGCCACCAUUGACCAGAGAGGUGGCACCUGGGGCACAAGGAACGUCCCCUUUGGCAUUAGAGAUGGCCCCAUGGGGGCAACGGUCUUCGUUGACGCAAGAGAAGCCACCAUUGACCAGAGAGAUGGCACCUGGGGGGCACGGGACAUCCCCUUUGGCACCAGAGGUGGCCCCAUGGGGCCAAGAGAUGCCACCACCAAGACAAGAGGUGGCACCUGGGGCACAAGGGACAUCCCCUUUGGAGCUGGAGGUGGCCCCAUGGGGCCAAGAGAUGCCACCGCCAAGACAAGAGGUGGCACCUGGGGCACAAGGGACGUCCCCUUUGGAGCUGGAGGUGGCACCAUGGGGACAAGGGUCUUCGUUGACGCAAGAGAGGCCACCAUUGAACAGAGAGCACCGGAGGUGGCCCCGGCGGUGCCCGCAGGAGGACCCCAAUCCAUGUCCCAAGAUGGCCCCAGAAGGGUCUCCGAGGAGGUGCCCGGAGAUGCCCCUGGAGAAGGUGGCCAGGGGGUCCCCACGGAGACCCUCGGCAAAGUCCCCAGCGGGGUCCCCCAGGGGGAAGGGUCCAGCCUGGUCCCCGAGGGCGUCGCCAAGGAGGUGCCAAGGGAUGUUCUCCAGAGGGUCCCCAAAGGUGUCCCCAAGGAGAUGCCAAGGGAUGUCCCCAAAGAUGUCCCCCAGGAGAUUCCAAGAGAUGUCUCCAAAGGCGUCCCCAAAGCUGUCUUUGGAGAUGUCCCCGAGGAAAUUCCAAGAAAUGUCCCCAAGGGGGUCCCCGAGGAGGUUCCAAGAGAUGUCUCCAAGGAAAUUCCAAGAGAUGUCUCCAAGGAAAUUCCAAGAGAUGUCUCCAAGGGGUUCUCCAAGGAAAUUCCAAGACAUCUCCUCAAGAGGGUCCCCAAGGAGAUGCCAAGGGAUGUCCCCGAAGGCGACCCUAAAGCCGUCUUCGGAGAUGUCCCCAAGGAGGUGCCAAGAGAUGUCCCCAAGGAAAUUCCCAGAGACGUUCUCCAGAGGGUCCCCAAAGGCGUCCCCACGGAAAUCCCACAAAAUGUCUCCAAGGAGAUCCCAAGAGACAUCUCCAUGGGAUCCCAAGAGACGUCUCCACGGGGUUCUCCAAGGAAAUUCCAAGACAGCUCCUGUCCCCGAGGAGACUCCAAGAGACAUCCCCAAGGAAAUUCCAAGAGACGAGGUGUCUCCAAGGGGUUCUCCAAGGAGACUCCAAGAGACGUCCCCAAGGGGGUCUCCAAAGAAACGCCAAGAGAUGUCCCCGAGGAGAUUCCAGGAGGUGUCUCCACGGGGUUCUCCAAGGAAGCUCCACGACACCUUCUCCAGGGGGUCCCCCAGGGGGUCCCCGAGGAGAUCCCAAGAGACGUCUCCAUGGGGUUCUCCAAGAAGACUCCAAGACACGUCCUCGAGAGGGUCCCCAAGGAAAUUCCAAGAGAUGUCUCCAAGGAAGCUCCACGAGACCUUCUCCAGAGGGUCCCCCAGGGGCUCCCCGAGGAGAUUCCAGGAGGUAUCUCCAAGGGGUUCUCCAAGGAGGUCCCAAGACACGUCCUCCAGAGGGUCCCCAAGGAAAUUCCACGAGAUGCCUCCAAGGAACCUCCCCGAGAUGUUCUCCAGGGGGUCCCCGAGGAGAUCCCCGGAGGCGUCUCCACGGAAAC